AUGUCACGACAGCAAGCAUCAAAGCGCCCGAAAUUAGACGGUGGACUCGCUCUACCACAGCAGUCGACUGGUUGGCCAACAACGGUCGGUACACCGGCACGCGUUCACACGCCAGGUCAACCGGCGAAUGGCGGGUUGGCUUUGCCAGCCGGAGGGGUGACUGGGUACACUCGGGCUCAAUGGACUACUGUACAACCGACCCAAGUACAGCAGCAGAUGGAUCCUACUAUCGAUCCUGCUCUUCAGGCUGCUGCCUAUCCUCAAGCUAUGACUACCUCCCCCCCUCUACAACGAUCUGCAUCCAGCGCCUCACAGCCAAACGCGUCUCAACCGCAAGCUGUACCGCGCCUCACCGCUGCUGAGCAGGCGGCAUGGGACGAGUAUGUUCGCAAGUACUACGAGUACUAUGGUGCACCUCCACCUGCCCCUACACCUAGUGGCACCCAAACGCCCGCUGUAACAGCUGCUGCCUACCAGCAACAGUCAACCGCUGCUGCUUACCAAGUAUAUCAACAACGUGUCGCCUCUCAACAAUCACAAUCGUCACAAUCGCAAUCUUCUCAGCCAGCGCAGCAAGAAAGUCAGCAGAGCGCACAAUCGUCGCAAUCUGCGUUGCAGCAACCCGCUUAUUCCCAGUAUGCGCAGCAGCUUUUCCAGCAGCAACAACAACAACAAGCACAUGCUCAAUAUGCCUUACCUGGGACAGGCGUCAGGAGAGGACGGCCUGUUGCGCAGAAACCGGAGAAUAAGGAGACGAUCAAUGAUGCGUUGGGCAGUGCUGGUGUUGAUCUCAGGGCUGAAGAAGAUGCCAUUCAUCGCACAUAUGAUGCUGUCCCAGGAUCGUAUCCUGCUGUUCUAAAUCCCCGCGAUGACCGAACACGAAAGCAAACGUUCAUACCACCGAAUGCCAUGAUGAAGCGUGUUAACGGGAUCGCGUCAGGAUAUAGUGUCAAGAAUGUGACGUCCGAUGCCUCUUCUUACAUUGCUCUCGCCGCACAAGCACAUAUCUCGACCUUAUUACGUGGCGCCCUUGCGGCAUCAAAAAACAGGCAACUGGCGGCAACUGGCGUUAUGCGCCCGCCUGGUCUUUAUCCUCAACCUGCCGCAUCCGAAGAGGAUUCUCUAGCACCACCAUUACCUAUGUGGUCACAGGAGGUCACUCGCGAUGUAGGCAAGCAGCUUGCCGCUAUCGAACGGGUACAGCGGGCCAACGAGCUGCAGGCACGAUUGAAGAAACGAGAAAGGGAGGAUGCGGCAAACGGCGCCAACGGAGAGGCAGGCGGUGAGGAUGAUCAGCCAAAAAAGAAGAAAAAGAAAGAAGGGCCGGGAGUCGCUGCGCGGAACAUGAGCGAGGGUGUACGCAAACGCCUGUCGGACGCGGUCGCUAUGCGUGCAGCUGGUAACGCGAGCAGCAAGUAUUCGUGGUUGCAGGCCGGUGCGGCUGCUGCGCAGGGCCCUAUCCAGCCACUGAAGAAGCUGAACAAGAACAAGGAGAAGGACGCAGAGGCGGCCCCUGCUCCCGCAGCGAGUUCAACCGUAGCUACCGCCAAGACGAAGGGCCCUGCUGGAGGCUGGGGAAGAGCGUAUCAGAACCUGAAAGAGGAGGCGAAGGAUAACCGACGGAAAGUCGAAGUACGAGACGUGAUUUGGGCCAUGGAGGGUCGUGCUGGGAGUGGGAUACCCAGUGGGGGUGAGAAGGGUGUUGGAAGAGGAGGCAGAGGCGGGACACGCUGGAGAGGGUGGGAAGCUUGGAGUAGGAUAAGGGAGUAA